GUUGGGGGACAAAGAUGACUGUCCCUUGCUUUUGUGUUGAGAUUAAUAAUUGAUGAGUUUCCAGUCAGGACUGUCUGUAAAAGGGAGCAGGUAACAUUGGGCUCCUGUCUUUUCCAUGGUGACUCACAGGCAAUAGGGGGUGCUGCAAAAUUCCCCAGUGGAAAGAUGAAGAGGGUCUUGGUUCUUCUGCUUGCUUUAGCACUUGGGCAUGCUCUCGAGAGAGGCCGAGAUUAUGAAAAGGAUAAAGUGUGCAAGGAGCUCGCCUUUCUGGGAAAAGAUGAUUUCAGAACUUUGUCUCUCAUCCUAUACAGCAGGAAGUUCUCCGGUGGCACCUUUGAGCAGGUCAGCCAGCUCGUGAGGGAAGUUGUGUCCUUGACUGAAGACUGCUGUGCUGAAGAGGCUGACCCCAGUUGCUAUGACACCAGGACCUCAGAACUGUCUGUCAAGUCCUGUGGAAGUGACUCGCCUUUCCCAGUGCACCCCGGAACUCCCGAGUGCUGCACCAGGGAGGGCCUGGAACGGAAACUCUGCAUGGCUGCCCUGAAGCACCAGCCACAAGAAUUUCCCACCUAUGUGGAGCCAACAAAUGAGGAGAUCUGCGAGGCGUUCAAGAAAGAUCCCAGAGGAUUUGCUGACCAAUUUCUUUAUGAAUAUUCCAGUAAUUAUGGGCAAGCUCCUCUGCCCAUUUUAAUUGGUUACACCAAGAGUUACCUUUCUAUGGUCGGAUCUUGCUGCACCUCUGCAAGCCCAAAUGUAUGCUUUCUGAAGGAGAGGCUCCAGAUUAAACAUUUAUCUCUUCUCACAACAAUGUCAAAUAGGGUCUGUUCACAACAUGCUGCUUAUGGAAGGGAGAGAUCCAGGCUCAGCCACCUCAUAAAGCUAGCUCAGAAAGCACCAACUGCACACCUGGAGGACGUCUUGCCGCUGGCUGAAGACAUCACUACAGUCCUCUCGCUGUGCUGUGAGUCGACUGCCGAGGACUGCAUGGCCAAGAAACUACUUGAACACACAGUGAAAAUCUGUGACAGCUUAUCCACAAAGAAUUCUAAGUUUGAAGACUGCUGUCAGGAAAAAACACCCGUGGACAUUUUUAUGUGUACUUACUUCAUGCCUGCUGCCCAGCCAUCCCCAAUGCCAGCCAUCAAGCUGCCCACCAGCAAAGACCUGUGCAGUCCAGGCAGCUCCAAAGCUGUGGACCGGUAUACAUUUGAACUAAGCAGAAGGACUCGGAUUCCAGAAGUCUUCCUCAGUAAAGCCCUGGAGUCCACUUUGAGAAGCCUCAGUGAAUGCUGCGACUCUCCGGACUCUGCCGCCUGCUUUCUGUCUAAGGAUCCUCAACUGAAGGCAGAACUAACUUCUUUCAUUGAAAAGGGACAAGACUUAUGUGCAGAUUAUUCAGAAACCACAUUUACGGAGUACAAGAAAAAACUGAGAGAGAGGCUGAAGAAAAAGAUGCCUGGAGCCACUUCCGCGGAGCUGGCAGGCCUGGUUGAGAAGCAGGCGGAUUUCGCUUCCAAGUGCUGUUCCAUGAACUCGCCUCCUCUCUACUGUGACUCUCAGAUUGAAGCUGAAAUGGAAGCAAGCCCACAGUCCUGAUGCACAUGUUUUACUUAGAUGCAGCGCUGGAGUCACCUGGGAAAUGAGUUCCGAUGAGCAAACCUAAGUGAAACAUGGGCUUCCAGGAAGACCACUGACAUAAUCUUGACUUUUCCCAGCAAUGUUCUCUUCAUACAGUGAUGAUAAGCAUGGUGAUUUGCUGUAAAAAUAAAUUGAAAUAGAAUGCAAACCAGA